ACCAACUGCAAGUCAAAUCGAGUAUUGUUUGAAUAGAUAUCUUAAAAAUAGUAAAUAUAACAAGGAGAAUAUCGAAUCAGCCGAACUCAAAAGAAAACUAAGGAGGGUUGGCAACAAUGAUCAAAACAAAACAAAAAAGGAUUCAUUUUUAAAAGUUAACCAAGAUUCUGCAACUGUUAAUUUAUGUAUAUCAGCAGCUCUUGUUGCUAGAG